AUGAUCGGCAAAUCAUUAGCUCUAAACCUCGAUGACGAAAGUAAAGCCAAGGUCUUUUCUGUCUUGGCUUUUGGUGAUGGGUGGGGGCCUAAUGCUGCCUUCAAUAAUUCAUGGCCCGUAAACUCGCCGUCCGUUGGUCUCGAUCCACGCGAUGAUAGUACAAGUGCAAAAAGUGUCGCCAGCUUCUGUAAUAAAGGUGAUACUGGGUGUGAAAUUAGAACGAUAGAUCCAAAUGCGAUCCCCCCUGAGCACCUGUCAUACCCAACAGGCGGAAGCAUCGAGGCUGCUGUGAAGUUUGUCAAGGCUGCUUUGAAGUGGGGUUUUCUUGCAUGUGAUUUACCCUCCGUGCCGUUUCUCGUUUAUUUGAACAUGGCGCGCUUUGAUGCAUUCAAUAAAGGCGCAUUCACACCGCUUGGCCUGACACUGAUGCAAGAGUUGGCACAAAGGGGCGCGCAAAUCAUCGCACUGACCCCAUCCCUCGCAGACCCUACCAUUGAGGGCUUCGUUUCUGCAAUCCGAGAGGUAACCUCCAACGCAUUGAUCUACGCGGAGGAAUGCGACAUUACCUCUCCUACGUCCAUUCGAGCAUUUUGCAAACAAUUCCUGGCGAUUACUCCUACUGGCCCCUCGACCAACAUGCCUGGCGUUCCAAAGGACCCGCCCAGGCUGGACGCGCUCAUUUUAGCUCAUGAAUAUACGCACAUCGGGGCCGGAUGGGGAGUAAACAAGUCCUUACGCGCUGUAGAAGAGAACAUCAGGCUGGAAGGUGGACUAGCAUCAUUCUUGCUUAUCACACUCUUGUUACCGUGCUUGAUCAGGGCACCCAACGACCGAGAUAUCCGAAUUAUCAACGUGGUUAAUCCGCUAUACGCCGCAUCAGUACCUACAUACGUUCCCCCGACCCCUCUACCCAAGCCGUCGGAAAUGAAGGACGGGACCCCAGCGCCGCCCCAGCCUCCUGCCGAGAAUAUUACUGUUCCCGAACUCGCCGAGUCAAAGGGGUCAUUUAGGGCGCAGCUUGAGAAGCUUGCACUCGCAUCUGUCUCCUCAUUGGAGGGUCAUCGGUCUCUACGUUCUAUCUUACUCGUACGGCACCUUCAACGGGUCUUAGACGCCCUUGCUUCGCAGUCGAACAAACCGGUUCUGGGCACGAAUAAGGAGGCAGAAGUCAUUUCCGUCAAGAAACAAGCGACCUCAAAUAUUACUGCCGUGACUGUAGCUCCUGGGUUUAGUCGUGUGCAAACCGUUGGGCCAUACUUGCGUGCGAGAAAGGAGUCCGUUGGGUUCAGUACCAUCGGAUUUUACCUAUAUGUAUUGAUCUACCCUGGGAUCUGUCUGUUCGCCAAACAUUCCCUCGGAGCAGCACAAACUGUGCUAUAUACGUUAUUCGCACCAACUCUGCGAACACGAAUAAGCGAACCAAGCCCCAAGUCCAAGGAUGAUACUAGGGAUGACGCUAAGCCAGAAUUCAUUCCUCGAAUUCAAGGAGGCCUUUUGUACCGCGAAUGUGCGCCUACACAAUUACCUGGAAGGGGUGUUGCGUUAUUUGAGACAGAGGGAAUUGGAAGGGCCGUGUGGGAGGAGUUGGAGCGAGGCGUGGAGGUAUGGGAGAGGAGUGAGGGUGAGGUUUUGAAGGAGAUGGCAAAGGAGGUGGAGAAAGAAGCAAAAGAUGUGAAGGGUAAAGGAAAGGAGAAGGAAUCUGCCAAAGACAAAUGA